CCUGCGGCCACUUCCGGACGUGAAAGUUUGCUGCGUAGGGAUAGGGAGACCCGGCCGGACUGCGGGGAGUGAGCAGGUUCAGCAGUGACGGCAUUCUUAAGAGUCCUGCCCAAUGCAUCUGAUUGCCAGCCUCGCUGGACCGUUGAGAGGAUUCAUCGAGACCCUGGAUAUGAAUAUGCAGUGUGAACUGAAGUUUGGGGACAUGAGUAAUGAGUCACCGUGGCCCAAGAUUUGAGGUGUAAAUGGAGAAGUCAGAAUGAUUCGCCGCAGCUGUCUGGAACAGCUGCACCUGCAGAUGCUGCUGCUGCCGCCCUCCUGCGAGGCCGUGGUGCCACGUGGCUGGAGGAGGAGCUGCAGCUGCCCCCAGUGCUGCCGCGUGUGCCCCUCUCCAAUGCGGCUGCAGCGCCAUCGCGCGUUGCUUUCGACGCCCAAGUCCUUCGCAUGCGCAGCCAGCGCCCGGGCCUCAAGUGCCCCAGGACCUGGCGCAGCCGGCGAGCCCGCAUCAGGCUUCCAGUGGGCCCCGUGGGCAGUGCCAGCCUUUCCCACCUCCGCAUCUGGCAAGGCCUGGCCUUCGCUGCGCCUCGGUGUCGCCACGUGCCUUCUGGAAGUAUCACACCUUCCCACCUGCGCAUGUAGCCGUCUGGCCCUCUGUGGGCCUCGGUUCCCGCAUGUGCCCCGUGGGAAGAACACACCUUCCCCAACUAUCUGGCAGCGUCUGGCCUUCUCCCGGCCUCGGUCUCCCCAUUUGCUGGGUGGAGAAUCACGGCCCGGCCACAUGGGAGCCAAUGGCUGGCCUCUGGACCUCGGUCUCCACAUUUGCUCAGCCGGAAGGAACGUCCCUUCUCCCGCCCUCUACCUCGGUGGGUGGCCACGGCGGAGCAGGCAGCGAUGGCCCAGUGGAAAGAGGACAAACCCUUCUGGGCCAUAGGGCAAAGACGUAACGUUGCUUAGUCUCGGUUUAUUGGCCGAUCUCUUGUCAAGCGGCGGAAUUGUUCCGGUCGGGAGGUGGGAGGGGAGCGGGGCCGCCGGGGGCGGGCGUCUUCAGUGUACCCCGCGCCUCCGGUCCCUUCCCCGCAGGGCGCUCCGCAGAGGCGAGGGGUGGGAGCGGCGGCUCCAGACGGCGGAACCUCCGCACGGGGCUCGCGCGCUUCCGGCCGGCGCCUUUUCCCAGGGACGCCGCCAACCCCUCGCGCCCCCGCGCCCGCGCCCCCAGUCCCCGCGUCCCCGGCGCCGCCGGCCCGGAGCUGCCCGAAAGUCUCGGUUCCGCCGCCGGCGCUCGCCAGGGGAAGCCCGGGGCCGCCCGGAACCUCGGCCUGUUCCUCCGGACCCGAGAGGCCGCAGCACGGGGAAACUUUUUCUAAAACGAAGUGGCAAUUUUAACUCAUCUCCCCUCCGCCGCUCCCAGCUGCCGCUCCAGAUGCUGCUGCUGCCGCCGCGGCCACCCCACCCUCGGUCCUCCUCUCCGGAGGCCAUGGACCCACCGCCCCCCAAGGCUCCCCCUUUCCCCAAGGCGGAAGGCCCCUCCUCCACUCCUUCCUCGGCGGCGGGGCCCCGACCCCCGCGGCUGGGCCGCCACCUCCUCAUCGACGCCAAUGGGGUCCCCUACACAUACACGGUGCAGCUGGAGGAGGAGCCCCGGGGCCCGCCCCAGCGCGAGGCGCCCCCGGGAGAGCCCGGCCCUCGCAAGGGCUACAGCUGCCCGGAGUGCGCCCGUGUCUUUGCCAGCCCUCUGCGCCUGCAGAGCCACCGCGUGUCGCACUCGGACCUCAAGCCCUUCACGUGCGGCGCCUGCGGCAAGGCCUUCAAGCGCUCCAGCCACCUGUCGCGGCAUCGCGCCACGCACCGCGCCCGCGCCGGGCCGCCGCACACCUGCCCGCUCUGCCCACGCCGCUUCCAGGACGCCGCGGAGCUGGCGCAGCACGUGCGCCUCCACUAAGCUCGAGACCCGGCCUGUGCUGCCCUGCCCGUCUCAGGGCCACCAAGUCUGACCCACACAGCGUCACUCACUCCCACACACACUCCCUGGCUCUGCUGAGGUUACUGCCUUACCCUGGGCCUCAGUUUCCCCACCUUCCAAAGGGAGGAGCAUCAUUCCUUCCUUACCCCCUUUCUAGCUGUGUGAUGUAGACCAAAGUCGUUGCCCCUCCCUGGGCCUGGGAACCAGUCGGAACUGGGUUCCAGUCCAGCUGUGCUGUGUGAGCCUUUGCAAGUGACAUGACGUCUCUAAACCUUGGUUUUCUGCUCUCUGGAGAGGUGAACCGGUGGUUUUCUGCGGGGAAGAGAUGAUAAAGAGCACGGGCACGGUCUGGUUCAUUUCUGUAUCUACCCCCCUUCCGCCCACGCCCCCGACCCUUUGCUCAAUAAACAUUCCGCACUCCA